GGACCCGAAAAUCCAAACUCGAAUGAAAUCAUUUUUCUUUACCAAAUUUCGAAAUAUAUCAUACUCAAAUCUAAAUUUUCAAAGGUUCAGGAUCGGUAUGGUUUCGGGAUCGGUUAGGAUUUUGGUUCGGGUUCAUAUACUAUUUGAGCUCGGGUUGGAUACAUAUAAAAAUUAUACCCGAAUCUGAAUCCAUCGAGUUUUUAUUUUUUGUACUCGAAAACCAUAUCUAUUUAGCAUUGGUUAAGUCCGUGCCUGUCAACAUUCCUAGCCCUGUAUCUACCUUGUCAAAAUCUGCCUGAAAUCUGGUUAUGUAAUUAACUUAUUUACAAAAAACCUAUUCAUUGUCAAAAACCCUAACCACAAUUUUUUCUCCCCACUUCCACCUCCAAAGUUGCUGUCUCUCUCUCUCUCUCUCUCUCUCUCUCUCUCUCUCUCUCUCUCUCUGCACGCGUGUGUGUAUAGUACAAAUUCGUAGAUUUUAAUUCUAAUAGAAUUCUUUCUUUUUCUAUAUGGAUUUGGAGUCGAAUUUUAAGUAGGAAACAAAAAUAGAUAUAAGUGGGUGGGUAAACCUAUCAUAUGAUAUGAGAUUCCCUACCCCUAAAACCACCACUGGCCCUGAUGCAAUACCACCUUCUCCGCUGCGAUUCCCUGGUACUUUUUUUUUCAAGUUUUUUUAACAUCAGUUGACGAUAUUUGGUUUAUUUCCUAUUUGUUUCCUGGGGAUUAACAUAUAAGUUCAUCCAUCGAGAUGUGUUUCUUCAGUUACCUUUUUCAGUGAACAAUGUGGAGCUUAGAAAAUUUCCUAAUAACUAGCAUCUGUUUUAGUUCUUUUCUGUGGAGCAUCAUGAGUAGCAGUUUGCAAAUUACGUGAAUUGAUUUUAGUUUCAAAAUCUUUUGUUUCGAAUGAAUGGUGUGGGCUGGAUUAUGUAAAAAGGGCACUUCUUUGAUAGAUUUUUAUUAUGUAUGCAAGAACAAAUUCUAUUACAUAUGUGGCCAAUGGGCGUUUCCUUCUUCUAAUGGCUAUAUUUCAGCUCUCGACGCCAAGUCUAGGAGGAGAGUCAUUCAUAUUGAAAGAUUGUAACGUGUAACGGCUAUACACAGUAGAUCAAUUCUGCAGAGAUAUUUCUUCUUGCAGUUUUAUUCCCAUAUAUUUGGGGCCUUCGAAGGGAGAUAGAGACUGCAAAGAGUAGGUGGAUCCGAAUGGCAGAGUAUCUGCUUAGCAUGGGCAUCCUCAUAGACAUUGUGGACGAGGAGUGGAUGCGAGACACCCUCCCCUGUGACGAGAUCCCGCUUCCGUCUACAAUGGCUGCACGAACCGACGACGCUGAGGAAACGAAUCAGGAAAGUCAACUGGUGGAGGGAGAUGGCUGGCGUGAUCUUGGACUAGAUAAUAUCUGAAGCUCUUACUUCAUGCAAGGCCUUUCCUUUGCACAUAUUUCUGGUCUUGGAUCUAUGUUGUGUGGAAUCUGAAUAAUGGUUGUACAAAUGAGAUUCACGCCAAACUGAUGAAUAUUAUCUCGAGAUUCUCGAUGAAGUCAAACUCAUGAAAUGGCAUUUGAUAAGCCUUUGAACAUUGCAAUUUAUAUCAUCUGAUUAAUUAUGUGCAGAAUUUGAUUCAAGGUUGUCAUGUUUGUUUAAAGUGAGUAUCACUUUGUUAUUUUUCAUCUGUUCUCUCUUUGACUUAAUUACUGUUGGAUCUUGUAGUGGCUUCUGCAUGUGCUUUAUUUUUUUUACC